CCGCCGCUCUCCCUCCUUGCUCUGCAGCCGCGGCCCAUGGAGCCCGCCGGCCCGGCCCCUGGCCGCCUAGGGCCGCUGCUGCUCUGCCUACUGCUCUCCGCGUUCGGUUCCGGAGCAGGAUCCACACAGAAGGAACUGAAGGUGAUUCAGCCUGAGAAGUCAGUGUCUGUUGAUGCUGGGGACCCGGCCAUUCUGAACUGCACUGUGACCUCUCUGUUCCCUGUGGGACCCAUUCAGUGGUUCAGAGGAACAGGGCAAAACCGACAUCUAAUCUACAGUUUCACAGGAGAAAAGUUUCCUCGAAUUACAAAUGUCACAGAUGCCACUAAGAGAAACAACUUGGACUUUUCCAUCCGCAUCAGUAAUGUUACCCCAGCAGAUGCCGGCAUCUACUACUGUGUGAAGUUCCAGAAGGCAGACUCUGACAAGGAACUCAGAUCUGGAGGGGGAACAGUGCUCAAUGUGCUUGCCAAACCUUCUCCGCCGGUGGUAUCCGGCCCAGCAAGCAGGGUCACACCUGAGCAGACAGUGAACUUCACCUGCAAGUCUCAUGGCUUCUCUCCCCGGAACAUCACCCUAAAGUGGUUCAAAGAUGGGAAAGAGCUCCCUGGCUUCCAGACCACCGUGGACCCUGAGGGAGGGAGUGUCUCCUACAACAUCUCCAGCACAGCCCAGGUGGUACUGAAGCCCGGGGAUGUUCAUUCUCGGGUCAUCUGCGAAGUAGCCCACGUCACCUUGAAAGGAAGCCCUCUUCGUGGGACUGCUAACUUGUCGGACACCAUCCGAGUUUCACCCAUCCUGGAUGUCACCCACCAGCCCACAGUGGCAGGCAACCCGGUGAACGUCUCCUGCCAGGUGCAGAAGUUCUACCCUGACAAACUCCGGCUGACCUGGCUGGAGAAUGGAAACAUCACCCGGACAGAGGAUCCUAAGCUCCCGGCUUUGACGGAGAACAAGGAUGGGACCUAUAACUGGACAAGCUGGCUCUCGGUGAACACGUCUGCCCAUAGAGAGAACGUGGUGCUCACAUGCCAGGUGGAGCAUGAUGGGAAGCCAGCGGUCACCAAAAACCAUACCCUGCCGGUCUCUGCCCACCAGAAGGAGCAGGGCAUGGACGCCACCCCUGAUAAUAAUUCUCCCAGCCAGAACAUCUUCAUCGCUGUGGGUGUGGUGUGCGCUUUGCUAGUAGUCCUGAUGAUGGCGGCCCUCUACCUCCUCCGGAUCAAACAGAAGAAAGCCAAGGGGUCGACUUCUUCCACAAGGUUGCAUGAGCCCGAGAAGAAUGCCAGGGAAAUAACCCAGGUACAGUCUUUGAUCCAGGACACAAACGACAUCAACGACAUCACGUAUGCAGACCUGAAUCUGCCCAAAGAGAAGAAGCCCGCCCCCCGGGCCCCCGAGCCCAACAACCACACAGAAUAUGCGAGCAUUGAGACAGGCAAAGUGCCGAGGCCAGAGGAUACCCUCACCUAUGCCGACCUGGACAUGGUCCACCUUAGCCGGGCACAGCCAGCCCCCAAGCCUGAGUCAUCCUUCUCGGAGUAUGCCAGUGUCCAGGUCCAGAGGAAGUGAAUGGGACUGGGGUCGGCUCUAGGGCCCGUAGCCACAAGUUGUCUUGUCCCACAUGGGGUGGCCAUGGUGCGGACAACCAGCCAGCCAGUCCUGUCCCUAGAAGGCCAGGUGGAACAGGUCCUAGGACCAGGAGUAAGGGUGGCCUUUGUCUUCCCUCCUUGGCUCUCCAACACUUCUAGGGCAGCCAUGUUCCCUGCUUCUGGAGGCUGGUGUUGCCGAACCAGAGGGGGGACUGGAGAAAGCUGCCUGGAAUCCAAGACGUGUGCCUCGGCCCAUCACACGUGGGUCUGGAUCCUGAUCUUGGCGACUCCAGGUUGUUUCCUUGUUGCUCCAGAGCCUGGUCUCCUGUGUGGAGAAGAGCUCCCCGCCCCCACCUCCACCCAACUUGGGCUUUGGGGCAAGAAUCCCUUUAGAUCAACUGCCCCCUCCCUCCGUGGAAGAUCUACAUCAGGAGACAGCAAGAUUUCCACCAACAGUGCUGGCCUCCCGCCUGCCAGACUGACUAGCCCUGGGGGAGAAGGAACCCUCUCCUCCUAGACCAGCGGAGACUCCCUGGGCAUGUUCAGUGUGGCCCCACCUCCCUCCCAGUCCCAGCUUGCUUCCUCCGGCCAGCACUAGCUCAGCAGCAGCGCUCUGUGGACACCUGUAAAUUAUUGAGAAAUGUGAACUGUGCAGUCUUGAAGCUAAGGUGUUAGAAAAUUUGAUUUGUGCUGUUUCGUUGUUAUUGGGUUUCUUUUUUCUUUUUUUUUUUUUCUUUUCUUUCUUUUUUUUUUUUUUCUUAAAACAACAGCAGCAGCAUCCUGGCUCUUCGUCAUGUGUUGAAUGGUUGGGUCUUGUGAAGUCUGAGGUCUAACAGUUUCUUGUCCUGGAAGGAUUUUCUUAAAGCAGUAACAGAUUUUUCCAUUUCCCAGAACUCUGAGGACCAAAAGGGAUCCCUCAGCUGCUACUUUCAGGCAUUCAGCCUCAGUGGGACGAACCGGGCCCUGUCCUUACGAAGCCACAUGGCUGGCCGGCCCUUUGCCUCCAUGGCUGCUGUGGUAAGUUGCAGCCUUGUCUGACCCAGUGCUGACCUAAUGUCGGCCGUUCCACGUUGAGGGGAGAAGGUCAGUGACGGCCUCCUUCACUCACAAGCACUUCAGAGGCAUGCAGAGAGAAGGGACGCUCAGCCAGCAGCCGGUGUUCCAGCAGUCUGAGGUAAUCAAUGUAGGAGGAGUCCAUUGUUGCCAUCAGACCUCAGCAAGAUCACACUGGGACCGAACCUGAUCGUACCUGUGACGACACAGCUGUGAGCCAGGGCGGACUACCCCUCUGUCACUGGCUAGGGAGUCUGGGCAGAGGCUCUGUUUGACCCACAUCCUUCAAACUGGAUGCCGAGGCCUGGCUGGGCCCAUGGCAAGCGGAUGUUACAACCCUGGCUGUCUGGUCUUAACAUGUAGCUCAGCAAGUUGAGGCACUAAUGUCCCUGACCCCUGGGGAUCCCUGGCUCGGGCUAUUCAAGUAGGAAGCUGAACCAACCUGCCUGCUUCUAUAGGUAUGAUGGGAGGAUGUCAGGAACACAGCUCUCUAGGGUUGGUGACCUGAUACUUCCCAUGAUGGCAUCCAGGAAUUAGCUGAGCCAAUAGGCUGUGUUGGCAGCACUGAGCCAGCCAACCAGAAUUUGUCUUUGGCAUCUGGGACCCAGGGUGGCCCUGCCAUCUUCUUGGGCUGCCUUUUAAUUCCAAAGGGUUGCUUUAUAAGCCUCCAUUCCCUUCUCCUCUGCCGGCACACGUGAGUACACACACAGCUGUAUAGACAAAGGAUGCCCUCUCACUGACAUCCUAGCUUUGUCUGAAGUUUUUUUGGAGGGAGAAAGGGAAUGAGGCAGGGAAGGUGUAUAGUUAUAGUUUUAGCCAGGUAACCUAGAGGGCCCCCAAACCCGUGUAUGGAACCCUGGUACAAGGAAGAGGCAAAAUGCACCCUGUGAGAGGAAUGGGAUUCCAGUUUAUCUGUAGACCAGAUGAGAAGGAAACAGGCCCCAUUUUGUACAUAGUUGCAACUUAAAAUUUUUGGCUUGCAAAAUAUUUUUGUAAUAAAGAUUUCUGGGUAACAAUGA